GCUGAACACGUGGUUCCGUGUCCGCCUGCCUGUCAGCGUGUGAAGGUUCGUGGCUCUCCUCCUCCUCCUCCUCUUCCUCUCACUCCUCUUCGGCUCGGCACGUCUCCUCCUCUUUACUUUUCUUUCCUCCUUCGUCUGCACGUUUUCGCCCCACUCUACGUGUCCCCCGCGCGUGGAAUCCCACAGCAAGGCCGCGAGAGGAGUGAAAGUGUGCGCGCGCGAGCUCCGCCGGUCUGUGUGUGUGUAGUCCUCGUCUCGGUCAUGACGCUGGAGGCGAUCCGUUACCGGGCCGGGUCUCUGCAGAUCCUCAACCAGCUGCUGCUGCCUCACCAGACGGUGUACGAGGACGUGCGCUCGGUGCAGGACGCCUACGAGGCCAUCAAGUCCAUGAAGGUAAGGGGCGCCCCAGCCAUCGCCAUCGUCGGCUGCCUCAGCCUGGCGGUGGAGCUGCGGGCAGGUGCCGGUGGUGAUGACCCAGUGACCUUCAUCAGGGAGUCCCUGUGCCGCCUGACUUCAGCCAGGCCCACUGCUGUCAACAUGGGCCGGGCAGCACGUGAGCUGAUGGAGUUUGCAGAGAACGAGAGCAUGGAGAAGAACUCGGAGCAGCUGAGAGAAAGUGUGAUCGCCUGGAUCGAAGAUAUGCUGGAGCGUGACGUUAAUGACAACAAGAAGAUCGGAAACUAUGGCGCCCAGCACAUCCUGUCCGGCGUGCCGAGGGACUCGGUGACCAUUCUCACACACUGCAACACCGGCUCGCUGGCCACGGCCGGGUACGGCACAGCGCUGGGGGUGGUGCGAAGCCUACACUCACUGGGUCGACUGAAGCGAGUGUACUGCACAGAGACCCGACCUUAUAACCAGGGGUCCAGGUUGACGGCGUACGAGGUCGUCGCUGAGGGAAUCCCAGCCACACUCAUCACAGACAGCAUGGCGGCGCUGACAAUGAGGGAAAUGGGCAUCACAGCUGUGGUGGUCGGAGCAGAUCGGGUGGUCGCCAACGGUGAUACGGCCAACAAGGUGGGCACUUACCAACUGGCCAUUGCUGCUAAGCAUCAUGGGAUUCCUUUCUACGUGGCUGCACCGAGCACGUCAUGCGACCUGAGCCUGGAGAGCGGCCGCGACAUCAUUAUAGAAGUUCGCCCUCCAGAGGAGCUCACCAGUAUAAACGGAGUCCCAGUUGCUGCUCCAGGUGUGGAAGUUUGGAACCCCGCAUUUGAUGUGACCCCUCAUCAGCUCAUCACCGGAGGCAUCAUCACGGAGCUGGGGGUCUUCCUCCCCUCAGAGCUCCAGGCAGCGCUAACCGGCCGCCUCACGGCCCUCUAGAGCUCCGCACCACCACCUGCUGGUCCUUGUGGAUCAUGGCACCUUAAGGCCACACAUUUUCAAAAGACACUAGCUUCAUCCCACACUCAUUGUCUGUUUUUUUUUUCUUUUUUUUUUUUUAAGUUGCACGGUCACUGUGACAUGCCAGUGAUGCACACACAAACACAGUUAAAGGUGCGGAAUAAUAUGUCGGUUUUGUUACUGACCUACUUUUGUAGAUGUUUCCUCAUCUCACCCCCAGUCUGUCGGACCCUCGUCAUUCUCUCGACGCCCCUUUCUCUUUCUCAAAGGCUUCUUUGACAACGAGUCGUGCUCAGCUGGGCUCCAACUCUGAACAAAUUUUAGCUCGAGGUGAUUUUUCAGGGCAUGUAAACUACCAAAAGUAUAGAAACAAGUGACAUAUUCUAUAACCAGUCGUGAUUUUGGUUUCUAAAAUGCUGCUAUCCACUUGUAAAUAUACAUGAUCCCUGCAGGUAGGAUGUACAUAUGUAGAAAACUAACCCCUGCUAGUAUUUUAACCAAAUGAGUGGUUGUUAAAUUUACAAGAGGACAUUGAAAUGUUAUAUUAACAUUUAUUUUCUUUUUUCAAGUGUAGAUACUCUUUUGUACGGGGUUAAUCCAAAGUCUUUUCCCCCCCUGUGGCCAAAUUUUGAACCAGUGGAAUUUGGGCCAUCGUUGGUCAGCUGAAGCCUGGAGACAAACGUGGCUGUAUUUAUACCUCACUUCUUUUUUGUAUCUCAAUAUUUCUGGUUAUAUUUGAUGGAAUCAUGCUUCUCAUGAUGUGCUCGUGUAUGUUACGUUCUUCAUCCACACUGACAUUCACUCAUCUGCACAGUUGGAAUGGAUUGUUAAAAAGAAGAAAAAGACAUGUCCCUUUUUUUUUUUUGCCAAAACAGCUGUUCUUAAAUACAGGUUUGCCCCAAAAUAAACUUUUAACAUGAGCUCCUGCAGAUCCUUUUCUUGUGCAGCUUCUUCUUGAACUCUAAUUGUAGUCAUCUCUUUCGUAUCUGAACUAAGGGGCAACAUCAUUUCUCUGGAGCUCUUGGUUGCUCUUUAGAAAUAAAAAUGGUUAUUUUUGAUUUUUAACUACUAUGAAUCUCUCGCCUUUUUUUUUUAUCCCAAAUUAUUUCUUGUGAAUCCUUCCCCCGGCCAUGUGUUUGAUGGCAGUUGUAGUCUUAAAUCCAAACCUGCACACAAAGCAGUCCCUCUUUAUUCUGGGGUGAACUGAUGCUGUGAGUCACCUGUGUUGUCUGGUCGUCCCCACAUAAAUAGAGAAUGUAACAUUGACCUCAGAUAAUCCUGUCUGGGCUGAAUCCAGGCAACGUACAACAUGCCUUCAUGUUGAGUUCAGAAUGUGCUUAUUGGUUCCAUUUUGAGAUUCCAAGCGAGGUGAUAUUUUCAGAAACUGAUUCUGACGCUGAUGCGUUCUGGACAUUAUGACCAUCUGUUGUAACAGAGGCUGCAAACAGUCAAACAUGGACCCGGAUACUAAUCCAACAAAUGUGGUCUCAAAUUGAAAUUCAAAUCUGAAAUGAAACCUCACUUUCUGAUUUAAAAACAUAGCCUGCAUGUCAAAGCACCUUUACCAUGAGUGCAGACUUGCCAUACCCAUCUGAAACAGCUUCUCACUGUACUGAAUGUCUCACAGCUCGCUGCCUUACAUGCGCAGUAACUAAACUUCAUCAGCCCACGCUCCCCCCUCAUCUCACCCUGUCAAUCCAUUCACUUUUUAAAUGUAGACCUCCAUGAUGAGUAGGUACAUUUAACAAAAAUUAGUAGCUCUACUAGCAGAAUUUGGAUCAUCUUCAAUACAAAAAAAAUAUUUGUAAAUAUUUCCUAAAUAAAAAGGUCUUGUUCACCACUGACAAACACACAACCUUGCUUUCUAACUUCUUCAAAGUAGCUCUAGGACAUCGAUUGCAGUAUUUAAGAUAUUUAUACAUAUAAAAAGUCACUGUCAUCGUCCGUUUUCCUCUGUGCAUGACCCCACCUCCCAUAUUCCACAGUGAUGACGCUCCUUCACACAUACACACGACACACUGACACAAUAAUGUAGUCACUUUUAUUCCUCUGUUGUGUACAGUUUUGGGGUUAAAUGUUUAAGACAUGUAGCAAUUUCCAUUUUCGUAAUGGCAACUGGUCUUUGUAAACCUUUUCUUUGAGAAGACUGUUGUUUGGUUGUGGUUUGUAGUUUUGGUUUCAGAACCUUGUGUUUUGGUUUGACCGUUAGAGCACCACAAAGGGGAGGCCUCCUCGACCAUACACACUACCUCUACGUCUGCGUUCAUGGACUCUGACACCGAAAUGCAUGAACAGUUCACAUGCAGAUUGCAGUUUAACAGAUGGGAAAGUGUCUGUGACAACAUGUUAACCAAAUUUCUUCUUUUUGUUUUUGUAUCUUGCACAAACCUGUGGUGGUACUUUUUGAGAUUUGCCAAAGUAGUAUUACUCCAGCUUGUGUAUGGUAAUAGAUUGGAGCCAAAUUCUUCUUUUGUGCAGCAGAGGCAGUUUAGUCUGCUGUGUUUUGUUGUUGUUAAGCACAGUACAACUUUGAGGCAUUUGUGCUGGUCUUUCUGGCUCCUUUAAGGUGAAGUUGCUAUCGCAUUCUUUAUGCAAGAUGAGAGUGUAAACGCUGACUUGUAAUGUUGUGUUCCUCCCCUUUCACAUGGAUAUUUACCCUAGUACCUAUAACCCAAAGUACCUUUGUCACAACUGUGUCAAAUCCAGCCACAUGUUUACUCAACAGUCAGGGUUAUGAGUAUUUAGCAGGAUUUCCACCGGCCUGCAAUAUUCAUGUAAGGAGUGUUUAUCAUAUGGUCUCUAUAAGUUGAACUAUGUAGUUGAAGAGUCACUUACCUGUUGGGUUCAGUUUGUAACAGCUAUGUGUUUUUGUUUUUGUUUUUUACCCCAAAAUAUAUCUAUAUCAAUAAAAAAUGAUCAGUCAUGGAUUGAGAGUUUCUUCACCCUGGCUCAAAGAAAAUAAUAA